AUGAGGCUGCAGGGACCCCCACGGUGCUCCAGGUCCCCCCCAGCACCCCAGGGACCCCUAUGGUGCCCCAAUGACCCCUACGGCACCCCAGACACCCCCAUGGCCUGGAACGAACCUGACGUCUACGAGACCAGCGACGUGCCCGAGGAUGACCAGGCGGAAUUCGAGGUGGAGGAGCUCACCAGCACCAGCGUGGAGCACAUCAUCAUCAACCCCAACGCCGCUUACGAGAAGUUCAGGGACAAGCGCCUGGGCACCAAGGGAGUGGAUUUCUCUGACAGCAUCAGCAAGACCAGGACAACGGGUUACGAGUCCGGGGAAUAUGAAAUUGUGAGUCCAGAGCGCAUGGGGAUGUGA